AUGAAUGGCAUCAUGGAAUGUGAAACUUCCCAUGCCAGAGAUAAUUAAAAUUGUCAAAGACGUGCAUUUGCCAGGCUGUGUGGUAUGGGACUGUCGGAAAAAAUACAAUGACAAAACAGUCAGCUGGAUAAAUGCCAAUACAUAAUUUGAUAUAGUAGCACAUAGCUUUACUAAGUAUAUAGAUUGUCACUAGUUCACUAAUCCUUACUGAUUGGGACUCUUGUAAAAGAAGAGGGUGGAGAAGACAGAUUGGAAUACAAGGGUGGGUCAGAAGAAGGAGGUGGUUGCCUAAGAACUAUAGUAGCUGUGUGGGUGGAACUGAGAUCCUGGUACACUCACACACUCUGCUAGCCUGCACUUGCAUAUCACCUCUCUGGAUAAUGCUUCCAACUCUUUGCAAGGACCAGCAUUGAUUAAAGACGCUAAUUGUACAGGAUCCCGUCAUCAAACAGCAAGCGAAGAAUUGGGGGUGCUGCAGGACCUCAAUGAAGAGCAGACAGCCGUUCCUGACAGGGGGAAGUGUCAAAGGAGAAAUCAGCUGCAUCCCAUUGCUGAGCAACAAUGAAACCACUGCACUUGGAUGGAGUGCUCAUCCUCCUUGUGUGCAGCUGUUGUAUGUUCGGAGAUUUCCAGGAUAUCAUAAAUUCCCUGCAAGCACAGAAGCACCUGCUAAAAACAGGUUACAACCUCUGCUCUGAUGGUGUAGCUUCACUGGGACACUACAAUGGCACAAUUUCUGUGACAGAGUCUGGUGCAGACUGUCUGAACUGGUCUGAGUUUCCUGAUUACAUGCAGCAGUACCCUAGCCGAGGAUUGGGGGACCAUAACUACUGCAGGAACCCUGAAGGAGGAAGGACACCAUGGUGUUUUUAUCGGCAACCCUCCGGGAUUAUAAGCUGGGCACAUUGUGACUGCAGCCAUGGUGCCGUUCGCCUGUUGGGGGACCAUCCUAAUAACAGUGGCGGAGUACAGCUGUAUUUACAUGGGGUUUGGGGAUCGGUAUGUGCAGACCAUUGGACCGAUUGGGAUGCAAGUGUGGUGUGCAGACAGCUUGGAAUCAGUGAAAUUGGCCUAGGCAGAAAGAUCUCAGACUAUGGAUUGUGGAAUACCCCUAUACAUCUAAAGUCUGCUAAUUGUCGAGGGGAUGAAAAUGCCUUACUACACUGUAGCUACAGCCAGGGCAAGGACUGCAGACACAGGAUGGUAGCCGCAGUUACAUGCUCUCCUCCUCAAGGUUUAAAGCCGCCCCUCCGAUUGGUGGGAGGAAAGGACCACUUUGAGGGGCGCGUUGAAGUGUUUUUUGGCAGCCGAUGGGGAACAAUCUGUGAUGACCGGUGGGAUGAAAAAGAUGCUGAAGUUAUCUGCCGGCAGCUGGGAUUUAGGGGGAAGCCAAAAGCCUGGGUGUGGGCGCACUAUGGACAGGGCUCUGGUCCUAUAUUACUUGAUGAAGUGGAGUGUCUAGGAAAUGAAACCUCAUUAGACUUUUGUAAGAAGAAUGAGUGGGAACAUCACAACUGUGACCAUAUUGAAGAUGCUGGAGUUUCCUGUAACCCAUAUGUAGAUGGUGCACUGAGAUUUACUGGAGGGAAAGGACCUGGUGAAGGAAGGUUGGAAGUAUUUUAUAAGGGAGACUGGGGUACAGUGUGUGAUGAUGGAUGGACUGAACUUAAUGCCCAGGUGGUCUGCAGGCAGCUUGGUUACAAUGGUCCUUCUAGCUUGGCAUCAAAGUUGGAGUAUGGAGCUGGAGAAGGGCUGAUCCUUCUGGACGAUGUGUCUUGCACAGGCAAAGAGCGCGCUCUGGUGGACUGUACACGUAGUAGCUGGGGCCAGCACGACUGCUCUCACUCUGAGGAUGUGGGAGUGCAGUGCUCCAAUGACACCAAUGAUAUCAUUGAAAUAUUGCCAACAGGGUCUCCAAUUCGUUUGAUGGAUGGUGAGAGCACCAAGGAAGGCAGAGUGGAGAUAUUCCUCAAUGGAGAGUGGGGCAGUGUGUGUGAUGAUGGUUGGACGGACAAGGAUGCGGUGGUAGUCUGCCGGCAGCUUGGCCACAGGGGUCCUGCCAAAGCCAGGACAAUGGCUUACUUUGGUGAAGGACAAGGUCCAAUUCACCUGGAUAACGUAGACUGCAAUGGCACAGAGAGCACACUGGCAGAAUGCAGGAAGCAGGACAGCGGGAUCCACAACUGCUGGCACAAUGAAGAUGCUGGCGUUAUAUGCGAUUAUGCAGAGAAGAAAAUCAUUGGACUGAAAGAUGCAGAAUCUGCCCUGUGUGGAAUUAGUCUGGUGACUCGACGAAAGAAGAGAAUUGUUGGUGGAACCAAAUCAGUCAGGGGGGUUUGGCCAUGGCAAGCUUCUCUUAGACUUAAAGGAUUUCACACAGAAACUCGUUUACUAUGUGGAGCAACCCUGAUCAGCAGUUGCUGGGCCUUAACAGCAGCUCACUGCUUUAAAAGGUUUGGAGAGAAGCCUCACCGAUAUUCUCUCAGAGUAGGCGAUUACCAUACUGGUGUUGAGGAUGACUUUGAAAGAGAACUUCCUGUACAAAGGAUUGCUGUACAUAAGAAGUAUCGUUCUGGCAGCAAUGACAAUGAUAUUGCAUUGGUGAGAGUGCAGGGAAAGGAACACCAGUGUCUGGCCUUCAGUGAACAUGUGCUGCCCAUCUGUCUGCCUGAGAGGAAGGAGAAGGCAUCUUAUCAGAAGACAUGCUUUAUCUCUGGAUGGGGGGACACAGGAACAUCCUACUCCAAGACGCUUCUUCAAGGUGCCAUUCCAAUACUUCCCAAGGAGUCCUGUGUUUUACGCUACAAGGGAAAAUUUACAAAUCGUAUGAUCUGUGCUGGAGAUCUAUCUGAAGACAAUCGAGUAGACAGCUGCCAGGGGGACAGUGGAGGCCCACUCAUGUGCCAAAACUCAAACGGUCAUUGGGUCAUUGUAGGGAUAACAUCCUGGGGUUAUGGGUGUGGACGAAAGGGCUAUCCUGGAGUGUACACGAAGGUAAGCAGGUUCACUCCCUGGAUCAGAAGGGUUACAAAACUAAAAUGAAAGGACACUUUUUAUUUAUUGUGAUCAGUGCAAUCCAUGUUAGAUACUCAGAAAUUCAUCAUGAGUCUCAUCAUAGAGCAAUACUUGUCCGCAACAUGCCUUAAAUUUCAUUUGUGGGUCUUUACUAUGUAAAAAGACAAAGCUGUGAAAUGUCUUCCAUGUUGUGCCUAUGUUGUAAGAAUGUAUGACUUCUCUUCUUGCUUUAUGAUUGAACAAAUUAGUACAUGAACUGUUCAGUAAACAGACAAAGAAACACUAUUCCAGGGUCUUUCAGGUCAGUGGGCAAUUCUUGUGCCACAAAAGUCAGGCGGUGCCAGAGCAUUGUCUUUAGCCGUUUGUACUAGGUGGGAAACUUUUUUUUUUUAAGUUAUAAAUGUGAACAAACCUAAGACUUUACCUCUGCCCUAACAUUUAGCUAUGCUUAAAGUGAUUGUAAAGGGAAAAACAUUGUUUUUAAAGUAACAAACAUGUCAUAUUUACCUGUUCUGCGCAAUGGUUUUGCACAAAGCAGCCUUGGUCCUCAUCUUCUCGGGUUCCCCACUGGCGCUCCUGGCUCCUCCCCCCUUCUUAGUGUCUCAAUAGCAGGCCGCUUGCUAUGGGGGGAACUUAUGUUGGCUCUAUCCUGAGCUGCACUAUCUGUGUCCAUUAUCACACACAGAGCAGCUUGGUCUGCCCCCUCAUUGGCUCUUGCUGCUGCCUCUGAACCAGUGAGGAGAGAGAGAGAGGGCAGUCUUGCAGCUCUUGGGCACAUCGCUGGAUUUGGAUCAGACUCAGGUAAGCAUAAGGGAGCCGGGGGGGCCUUUGGAGUUGCUUUCAGACAUUUUUUUUACAUUAAUGCAUUGGAGGAAGGAUCGAACAUAAGCAGCAGGCAAAAGCAGAAUACAGGGUCAAGCCAGGGGUCAGGGCAGGUAACAGAAAUGAAUAGUCGGGAACAAGUUGGGGCAAGUUCAGAGGUCAAACACAGGAAUCAAGAACAUACAGAAAAUACUGUAGACCAAACCGCAAUUAGCCAGUGCAGAAACUCCGUUUAAAUAGGCGCUUUGGCACCAACAUUGGUGACAAAAAUGUGUCUGUGCAUGUCUGUGCACAUCUGUUAGGCACGUUCUAGGCCAGCACAUGCACAUGCGUGUUCACUUAGAAACUGCAUUUGCACUGUGGUGAAGCCUUUCCUGACAAAUACCUUUUCUCAUCAGCAGUAUAUAGCAGUCUUGUGACUUCUAUCAGUGCUGGCCGAGCAAUGGUUAAAGCUUG